UGGAGACCCGAGCCGAGUCUGGGACGCGGAGAGCUCCGCCACACCUCGGCUGGAGCCUGGCAAGGCCCCUGGGCUCCUGGAGCGAGAUAAAACUCCUCAGUGCUUUGAAACCAGCGGCUCUGAAACAAAGGAACCAUUUGAUAAAAGUAAACGUCGGAUCUUCUCAGGGCAAUGGUGAAAGAAAAGAAAAAAGCAGACAAAAAAGGGGAGAAGUCUGCCCGCUCUCCCUCAUCCCUCUCUGACAACCCAGACUUUUCCAAACAAGAUGGCAAUGCCACUAGGCAAGACAUGUCCCCAGUGGGUGUCCCACUGCUGGGAAUGCAGCUCAACGAAAUGAAACCCAAAAAAGACCCCCCAAACGUUCAGCAGAAUGAAGAUGCCACCCAAUAUGAAGAGUCCAUUCUGACCAAACUCAUAGUGGAAAGCUAUGAAGGGGAGAAAGUUCGUGGGCUGUACGAGGGAGAGGGCUUCGCAGCCUUUCAAGGCGGCUGUACCUAUCGGGGUAUGUUUUCAGAAGGACUCAUGCAUGGACAAGGGACUUAUAUUUGGGCCGAUGGAUUAAAAUAUGAGGGCGAUUUUGUGAAGAAUGUCCCGAUGAACCACGGUGUGUACACGUGGCCGGACGGCAGCACUUACGAAGGCGAAGUGGUCAACGGCAUGAGGAACGGAUUCGGGAUGUUCAAGUGCAGCACCCAGCCCGUGUCCUACAUAGGCCACUGGUGCAAUGGCAAGCGGCACGGGAAGGGCACCAUUUAUUACAAUCAAGAGGGCACGUGUUGGUACGAGGGAGACUGGGUGCAAAACAUCAAAAAGGGCUGGGGCAUAAGAUGUUUCGAGACGGGGUUUCACCAUGUUGGUUAGGCUGGUCUCGAACUCCUGACUUCAGGUGAUCCACCCACCACCUUGACUUCUCAAAAUGCUGGAAUUACAGGAGUGAGCCACCGCGCCCAGCCUGCUUUGUUCAUUUCUGAUGGCAGUUUGCUUUCUUUUCAGAAUGGCUUUGGAACACACACGUGGUUUCUAAAGAGAAUCCCCAAUUCCCAGUAUCCUUUGAGAAACGAAUACAUAGGAGAGUUUGUGAAUGGAUAUCGUCAUGGACAUGGCAAAUUUUAUUAUGCCAGUGGAGCUAUGUAUGAUGGAGAAUGGGUUUUCAAUAAGAAACACGGCAUGGGCCGAUUAACUUUCAAGAAUGGGCGUGUGUUCGAAGGAGAAUUCUCCAAUGACCACAUAGCUGGGUUUCCAGAUCUCAAAGUUGAAUUCAUCAGCUGCCAGGACCUGUCUUCAGGAGCUGCCCAAAGAUUGUCUGAGAGUGCCGAACUUAUCAGAAAGCUUGAUGGCAGUGAAAGUCACUCUGUGUUGGGAUCAAGCGUUGAGCUGGAUUUAAAUUUGCUCCUGAACAUGUACCCUGAGACAGUCCAAGCUGAAGAAAAGAAGCAGGUGGAAUAUGCUGUCUUAAGAAACAUUACAGAAUUAAGAAGAAUCUAUAGCUUUUAUAGCAGCCUGGGAUGCGACCACUCUCUGGAUAAUACUUUUCUGAUGACAAAGCUUCACUUCUGGAGAUUUCUAAAGGAUUGCAAAUUUCAUCACCACAAACUAACUCUUGCUGAUAUGGACAGGAUAUUAAGUGCCAAUAAUGACAUACCAGUUGAAGAAAUCCAUUCUCCAUUUACAACAAUACUUUUGAGAACAUUUUUGAACUAUCUCCUGCAUUUGGCAUACCACAUUUAUCAUGAAGAAUUCCAAAAGAGAAACCCAUCGCUCUUCUUGUGUUUUACAAAACUGAUGACUGAGAACAUUCGUCCAAAUGCCUGCCAAGUAAAAGGCAAUUUAUUCUGUGAGCAGCAGCGGACACUCUAUUCUAUGAGUUACAUCAGUAAGUGCUGGGAGAUUUAUCUAGCUUACUGCAGGCCCCGCGCAGCACCUCCCCACGAGCUUACCAUGAAGACGAGACACUUCCUCUGGAUGCUGAAGGACUUUAAAAUGAUAAAUAAGGAAUUAACAGCACCUAAAUUUUUGGAGGUCAUAGCAGAGGAUAAUCCUUUCAUCUAUGAUGGAAUUGACAGCAACUUGGAACCUGAGCUGGUUUUCCUGGAAUUCUUUGAAGCGCUCUUAAGCUUUGCAUUUAUGUGUGUUACUGACCAAAUGACUAAAUCCUAUGCAAAUGUUCCAGGUGAUGAUGUGUCUGGAAAUAAACAUGAAAAUAUUUAUACAAUAUUAAAUCAGGACGCCCAGAACAAGAGUCCCAAUGAGGUCAUGAGCCACGAAUCGGAUGCUGCUCACUCUGACAGUGCCAAGUCGUCUUCCAGCAAGUUAGGACCCUGGCCUGAUAUUAACAAGAUAAGGAAAUCAGAGUCCAAGAUGAAGAAGUCUCUAAGUCAUGAAAGAAUUUCCAAAAUGAAUUUUAAAUCUUCUGGAAAAGGGAUCACCUUUUUUUCAUCUCAGAGCGUUUACAAUUUCGACGGGGGGAGGGCGGGGGGGAACUACCUUCUCAUGUUUGCUUUCAGGCUGAAUAGCUUUAUCUUGAGAGAGGAAGAGGCCAAGAGACAAGACUAUGAGGUUGACAUCACGGUGAUCAAGGAGCCGGCGGACGUGUCGUCCUCUCACCUCAUCCUGGGCCCUCCCAAGGAGGAUGUGACUGUGUCUCCAUCUGCCAAGACCACCGCCAGCAAGAAGAAGAAGAAGUAGUGAGCCACAAUGACAUGCACAGAGGCUUAGGACAGCAGCAUUGUAGGAAAUCUUUUGGCCACUGUCCAGUUUCCUGUGCUACAGGAAAGUAUUGUCACAGUUUCCCAUGCUACAGGAAAGUCUUGUCACAGUUUCCCAAGGAACAGAAAAUGGAUGAAUGAAGUAGAGGCACUUGAUUAGAAUCUCAACAGUCAUGAUUUGUUCUAUUUACGUUUUUUUAAUGAUG